AUGCUCCGUAGAUUCUACUCCACCGGGUUGCGCAGGACUCCUCUUUACGAGUCUCAUGUCAAGUACAAUGCCAAGUUCGUUCCAUACGCUGGCUUCGAGAUGCCCAUCUUAUACAAGAAUCAGACCCACAUUGAGUCCCAUAACUGGGUUCGUUCCAAGGUCGGUUUGUUUGAUGUCAGUCAUAUGUUGCAGCACCACUUUGAAGGUCCAGACGCCGCUGCUCUUUUGCAGAAGAUCACUCCAAUUGACUUGGCCAGUCUUCAACCUUACACUUCCUCCUUGACAGUGUUACUUAACGAGGACGGUGGAAUCAUUGACGAUACUAUUGUCACCAAGCACCACGAUGAAAAGUACUAUGUGGUCACUAACGCUGGUUGCAGAGACAAGGAUCUUGCUUUCAUCCAGAAUGAGGCCAAGAACUUCAACAACGUGGACCACUCUACUUUCGAGGGCACAUUGUUGGCUAUUCAAGGCCCACAAGCUCAGAGCUUGUUGCAGAAAUACACCAAUGAGAACUUGAAGGACCUUUACUUCGGUAACUCCAGAAUCCUGAAGUUGAACAGCUUCGUCAAUGACGGUGUUCACAUUGCCAGAACCGGAUACACUGGUGAGGACGGUUUCGAAUUGAGCAUCAAUGUUAACAAUGAAGCCGAGGCUGAACAGUCUAGACAGUUCUUUGAGGCUUUGAUUGACGAGAACCCUGACUUAGUUGCUCCUAUCGGUUUGGCUGCAAGAGAUUCGUUGAGAUUGGAGGCCGGAAUGUGUCUUUACGGUAACGAGUUGACCGAGGACAUUACCCCUGUUGAGGCAUCUUUGGCGUGGUUGAUCCCUAAGUCCAGAAGAGAGCCAGCUACUGCUACUUUCAACGGUUCCAGCAAGAUCUUGGAGCAAUUGAACAACAAGGGUUUGGUCACCAGAAGAAGAAUUGGUAUCACCUCCAAGGGACCGGCUCCUAGAGGAGGAUCCAAGAUCUUGUACGAAGGUAAGGAGGUCGGAGCAAUCAGCUCAGGCUCCUUGUCGCCAACUUUAGGUCUGAACGUUGCACAAAGUUACCUUGACAAGGGCGUGAAGAUUGGAUCCACCGUGCAGCUUGACAUUCGUGGUAAAUUGAGAGAUGGUGUCGUGACCAAGCUCCCAUUCGUGCCUAACAACUUCUACAAGGGUUAA